AUGUCGCUUAAGAGAUCAAAGGUCAAGAAGAUUCUGAGGAAGAAGACUUCAAUGAAACUCAGAAACGACUCGACCGAUCUCAUCAUUUACUUGAACUACAUGAGGUUCAUGUCUGCAGUGCUAGCCGAGUCCGAGAGGCUGGCUGUUGAAAACUCGAGUUCUGAGAUUUUGCCUAGUCACCUCGACAGAGCCAAGAUUGACUUAAUGAAGGUGUUCAGGGGUUAG